AUGUUACCAGUUUUACUGUGGACGUUGUGGACGUCAGCACAGACGUGCGUCCAACCGCCUUCACCUUCUCAUCCGAAUAUAGUCAUACUCAUGGUCGAUGAUAUGGGUUGGGGCGACAUCGCCUCGUACGGCCAUCCAACUCAGGAAUAUACUGAAAUAGAUCGAAUGGCAAAUGAAGGAACGAGAUUCACGCAGGCUUACUCGGCUGACAGCAUGUGCAGCCCAAGUCGAGCUGGUUUUAUGACAGGCCGAUUACCAAUUCGUCUCGGAGUCGUCGGCGGAAGACGAGUGUUUAUGCCAUUUGAUAUUGGAGGUCUGCCAAAACAAGAGACGACGAUGGCCGAGAUGCUCAAGGAAGCAGGUUACGCGACUGGAAUGAUCGGUAAAUGGCACCUUGGCAUCAACGAACUGAACAGCACCGACGGAGCUCACUUGCCUUCAAGACGGGGUUUCGACUUUGUGGGUCUCAAUCUACCGUUCACAAACACAUGGGCUUGCGAUACUACGCAGGAAUUCUACCCACAAGGGCCAGAUGCCGCGAUGUGCUUUCUCUAUGAUGGCGACGAGAUUGUCCAGCAACCGCUAAGAUUUGAAUGGAUGACCGAAAAUCUCGUUCAUGAUUGGAGGCGAUUUCUGCACAUGAGGAUGACUACGGAUCAAAAGGAGCGCCCGUUCUUCUUUUAUUUCUCCUUCCCACAAGUGCAUAGCGCCCAAUUUGCAAAUGCAGACUUUCGAGGUUCUUCUGUUCGCGGCAUUUACGGCGACUCUAUCAACGAAAUGUCAUGGGCGGUCGGUGAGGUGCUGAACAGCAUAGUCAAAGCUGGAAUAGCCGAAAAUACGCUUGUCAUCCUAAUGUCCGACCAUGGACCACACAUUGAGCUAUGCCUGAACGGAGGCUCUACAGCUGGUCUCAAAGGAGGAAAAUCUAAUUCCUAUGAAGGAGGUUUUCGAAUUCCACUCAUCGCUUGGCAGCCCGGUACGGUAAAAGCAGGACGAGUGUCAAAUGAAGUUAUUUCCAGCAUGGAUCUGUACGCAACAUUUAGGGAAAUGCAGACAUGUCCUUUCAAGACGAUGCAAAUGCCACUAGACGGGACGAACAUACUGGACGAGUUGCUGGGAACAAGCGACGAGCCAUCGGGGUAUCUCGGGCGAAAGAGACCGAUCAUCUUUUAUUGCAAUACAAAACUGAUGGCGAUUCGAAUCGGCAACAUGAAGAUUCACUAUCGAACAUCUCCGAUAUUCUUCAACGAUACCGUUGAUCCAAACCUUCCCUACUUUUGCCCGAACGGAAAACCUCGUGCGGACUGGUACGUCUCACAAACAUGCCCUGAUGAACAGCUCAUCAUGCACAACCCACCGCUGGUAUUCGAUCUGGUUAAAGAUCCCUAUGAACGAUUCGCCCUUGAGGAAAGCGAAUAUGUUCUUGAGAUGAGAGCGUUGGGUGCUCAAGUUCUAAAAGAACAUCGCGAGUCCUUAAUACCAGUACCUAACCAACUUGGUCACUUCAACAAGCAACUGACGCCUUGCUGCAACCCACCGUCCUGUCAGUGUGACAAGAUCUCGUAUCGACGGACUGAAGUAAGAGAUUUGUAA